CUGCCGUCGCUACUAUUAAACCCCAUCGGCUGCAUUUAGACGCGACCCGACGACAGAAAACUCCGAUUUCUUCCACUGUUUCUUUUUCUCCGUGGACACUGUUGAGUUGGUCCGCCAGCUGUGGAGCAGAGAAUGAAGUGGCGUUUCGUCAGAGCUGUGCAGGACAAAGCCAUGAACCCCUGGCUGCUUCUGGCUCUCCUUGGACUCUGUGCAGCCUUUGGGCCCAGUAAACAAGAAGAAGAGGACUAUGAAGAUGUGCCCAUAAAUAAGACUUGGGUCUUAUCACCGAAGGUCUACGAGAGCGAUGUGACUUUGAUCCUAAAUAAACUGCUGCUGGGCUACGACAACAAACUGCGGCCUGACAUCGGAGUGAGGCCGACAGUGAUUGAAACAGCCGUGUAUGUCAACAGCAUCGGACCAGUCGACCCCAUCAACAUGGAAUACACCAUUGACAUCUUUUUUGCCCAGACGUGGUAUGACAGCCGACUGAAGUUCAACAGCUCGAUGAAGCUGCUCAUGCUAAACAGUAACAUGGUAGGCAAAAUCUGGAUUCCGGACACAUUCUUCAGGAAUUCCCGCAAAUCGGAUGCCCACUGGAUCACCACUCCCAACCGCCUCCUGAGACUGUGGAGCAAUGGCAGAGUCAUGUACACACUGAGGUUGACUAUUAAUGCGGAGUGUUACCUUAAGCUGCAUAACUUUCCAAUGGAUGAGCACUCGUGUCCACUGGAGUUUUCAAGCUAUGGUUAUCCCAAGAAUGAGAUCAUGUACCGGUGGCAGAGACGGGCAGUGGAGGUGGCAGACCAGCGGUACUGGAGACUCUACCAGUUUGCCUUUGUAGGGUUAAGGAACAGCUCUGAUGUGGCGCACACCCAGUCAGGCGAAUACGUAAUCAUGACAAUCUUUUUUGACCUGAGUCGGAGAAUGGGCUACUUUACCAUCCAGACCUACAUUCCCUGCAGUAUGAUCGUGGUCUUGUCCUGGGUUUCUUUCUGGAUCAACAAGGAUGCUGUCCCAGCCCGCACAUCUCUAGGUAUCACCACAGUGCUCACGAUGACAACUCUAAGCACCAUCUCCAGGAAGUCCCUGCCUAAGGUUUCAUAUGUUACUGCCAUGGACCUGUUUGUCUCUGUCUGCUUCAUUUUCACUUUCGCUGCCCUCAUGGAGUACGGCACUCUGCACUACUUCACCAGCAACAGACAGACCAAGAAAUCUAAAGCCAACAAUAACACACAGCAGAGAGCAUCGAGCAUGGUGAAUAUCCGACCUGGUACAUCCCUGCUGCAGAUGAACAACAUCGUGCCCUAUCACGAGGAGGGUGACUAUGCUUACGAGUGCUUGGAUGGAAAAGACUGCGCCAGCUUCUUCUGCUGCUUUGAUGACUGCCGCUCAGGUGCCUGGCGUGAAAACAGGAUGCAUGUGCGGGUUUCCAAGAUUGAUUCUUACUCAAGAAUAUUCUUCCCCACUGCUUUUGGCCUUUUCAAUCUGGUUUAUUGGAUAGGUUAUCUGUAUCUAUAAAACAAGUACCUCAAAAAAGGACGACUGGAGUUUAACGUCUGCAAGCAUUUCACAGUAGCAUAGCUGCUCUUGUAGCAUUGGAAAUAAUAGCUACUUAGCAAAUAAUAAACUAAAUUAAAAUCUAAAGCCAAAUUAUGAAUGACAGUGCCUUGUUUUUUCCUGCGCUAAAAAAUGAGGCAUCGCAAAUGAGUGAGAGUCACACCGUCCCUCAAUCUGCCCAACUCCUUGUUCCAGGGCAAGACAGGUCAACAGCUACCUUUUAAUAUGCCAUUAAGUACAGUAUGAAUAUUCUUUGUCCCCUGUGGAUAAUCCUUAAUCAUUAUAGUGACCCAUUGAC